UGGAGAAGCCGUCUGUGCCAGAGGUGGUCAAAUGCGACUGUCUCCGACCUGCUUACCUUCAGUUUCGUCCGGAACGUCCACCUUGCCACGAGAAAAAGAAAGCCCUCUUACAAGAAAGUAAGAGCCCCGUUAAGUUUUAUCCAUGGCGUCUAAUAACCAAGAGCCACCCGGCAUUCUUCUUAAUGAAGGUGAUACGGGAGCAAGAGUUUUGAGCCCUUCUCCUGGAGUUAAAAGGCGAUCUUUCCGCAACAGGAGGUCGGAGGCGAUGCAAGAUUUGCCGCCGAGUAUGCGAGUUCGAUUUAUCUUGGGUGAGGAUGCGGACAAACCAGGUCAAAAUGAGCCGCGUCCCAUCUUCUCCGAAAUGGAGGAGUUCAAAAGUGAAGACGGUACUGAUGGCGAAUGGAAAGAAGUUGCUCGCUGGAUCAAGUUUGAGGAGGAUGUGGAAGACGGUGGCAACCGAUGGACCAAGCCGUUCGUUGGCACUUUGUCACUUCACGCGCUCUUCGAAUUUCGUAGCGCUUUGCUAAACGGAACUUUAAUGCUGGAAGCUGAAGCCACAACUGUCGAGGAAGUGAUUAAGGUCAUUGUCGACAAAGUCUGCUCCACUCAUCAGCUGACGGCCGAUCAGAAGAACCAAAUGAUGGAAGUCAUGAGCUGUCCUCAUCGACAUCUUUACGAGGUCCAAAAAUCCGCGCCACUCUUGAUGAGCGAGAAAAGCCGCAACAGUUCCGCAAAAAAUCUAACCGAAUCACGUUCGAAAGUCGGCCUAGCUCUACCCAGCGCUCCGUCCAUGACAAACGCCGCGAAUGCCGCAAAAGGCAAUUCACCGUUCAUGAAGAAGAUUCCGCCCGGAGCAGAGGUAAACAACGUCCUAGUGGGUGAAGUGGAUUUUCUGGAGGCGCCCGUUACAGCUUUCGUCAGACUUUCCAAGGCCACUAUUCUCGGUGAUUUCGCCGAGGUCCCACUGCCAUCGCGUUUCUUUUUUCUACUUCUCGGGCCCAAGGGGCAAUUGGAGGAUUACCGUGAGGUAGGCCGAGUUGUGGCCACCUUGAUGUCCGAUGAAGUUUUCAAUGCCGUUGCGUACCGUGCAAAGAAUCGCGACCAUCUCUUGGCCGGCAUCGAUGAAUUUAUGGAUGCUGUCACCAUCUUGCCGCCCGGUGAAUGGGAUCCAUCUAUUCGUAUCGAACCCCCGAACAAUGUGCCUUCCCAGGAGCCGCGAAAGAAUCCCGAUAAGCUACCAGAAGAGAAGGAAGACCCUGCUUUGGAGGAACUAAAAAUUUUGGAAAGUCAAGGCCUCGUCCGUACCGGACGUUUCUUUGGUGGCUUGAUCGACGACGUGAAGCGCAAACUUCCAUUUUACAAGUCAGAUUUUACCGAUGCUUUCGCCGUCCAGAGUAUCGCAUCAAUCACCUUCUUAUACUUUGCUUCCUUGUCACCGAUUAUCACCUUUGGUGGACUGCUGGGAGAUGCGACUGAGAACCGACUGGCUGCGCUUGAAUCCCUCUGCGCUGGAUGCAUUUGUGGAAUAAUCUAUUCCCUGUUUGCCGGACAGCCCCUCGCCCUGUUGAAUGCCACUGGCCCUGUCCUGGUUUUCGAAGGUAUUCUCUACAGUUUCUGCAGUAAAAAUGGCUACGACUACCUUUCACUCCGCGCAUGGGUGGGUGUCUGGAUGGGCGUUUUUAUGAUCACUCUUUGCGCUUUUGAAAUUUCGGCUUGGGUGGCCUUCAUCACACGUUUCACCGAGGAGAACUUUGCUCUCCUUAUCGCUACCAUCUACGUGUAUAAGGCGAUUGAGAAAAUCAUAUACAUUGGAAUAGAAUAUCCACUUUUCCCUCCUGAACCCAAGGUGAAUGCCACGGACUGUUAUUGUUAUCCGAGCAAUGAUACCCUGUCGUAUGCCCAAGGUGAAAUGGGUCCUUACAAUUGGACGGGAUUGCCAACUAACAGUUGCACGGAGAUGUGGAAUGGCACUUUGAUGGGUGAAGAUUGUUUCCCAAAACAAUGGUACCCCAAUGUUUUUCUGAUGUCCAUCCUCUUGUCCGUUUUCACCUACAGCGUCUGCGUCACCUUGAAAGGAAUGAAACACACACUCUACUUCCCUUACAAAGUCCGCUGUAUGAUUAGUGAUUUCGCUGUUUUUAUUGCCAUUUGCUCGAUGACUGGUUUGGAUUUCUACGCUGGUGUUCAAACUCCGAAACUUUACGUGCCCAGUGAUUUCAAGCCCACUUGGUCCGGACGUGGCUGGAUUAUCAAUCCCAUCCAUCCGGAUAACCCUUGGUGGAUCAUUCCGGGUGCCAUGCUGCCAGCUGCUCUUGCCACCAUUCUCCUUUUCCUUGACCAGCAAAUUACGGCCGUCAUCGUCAACCGCAAGGAGAACAAACUAAAGAAAGGAUGCGGCUAUCAUUUGGACUUGUUCGUUUUGGCUAUUCUAACGGCUUUGAUGGGCUUGAUGGGUCUCCCGUGGCACGUCGCCGGUACCGUUAUUUGCAUUAACCACGUCAACUCGUUGAAACAAGAAUCAGAAACAGCUGCCCCCGGCGAAAAGCCCGUCUUCCUUGGUGUUCGAGAGCAACGCGUCACACAUUUGGUCAUCUUUUUACUGGUUGGUUUGUCCGUCUUCAUGACACCAAUCCUCAAAUUCAUUCCAAUGCCCGUCCUAUACGGCGUCUUUCUCUACAUGGGAACGGCUCCAUUAUCCGAGAUGCACUUCUUCGAUCGUCUGCGCAUCGUUUUUAUGCCCGCCAAGUACCAACCAGACUUCAACUACCUGAGGAAAGUGCCACUGAAGCGCGUUCACAUGUACACGGCCAUCCAGUUGGUUUGCUUCGCCGUUCUGUGGGUUGUCAAGACCAACGAAACGAUUUCCAUUUCUUUCCCACUGAUGUUGGUGAUUAUGAUCUUUAUCCGAAAAGCCUUGGACUUUGUCUUUACCAGAGAAGAGUUGCACGUUUUGGACUCGGUUAUCCCACCAUUCCGCAGGAGUAAGAACCCACCGCAAGUGGAAUCUGGAACCAAAUCGAUUGUUAAUGGCAAAGGACAAAGUUAUUCGGCAUUGCCCAAAAACAGCUCGAAAGUCAACAUUAGUGACGAAGUGGCAAGAUCAGGCGCAUGGCUUCACGUCAAUCACAGCAAGUCUACAUUUCAAGAUGGUACCGAGAUGACCAGCUAUCGGAAAAAAGAUUAUGGGGACUCGAAAGCGAGUGAUGACGAAAAUGAACCUCUCACUUUCUUGUCAGGAACCAAAAGAAUUCAAAUACAGCCUGGCACAAAACACAAUCAGUGAACCACUUUUCUUAGACGUCAGUUGCAAUUAGAAGGCGUAUAAAAGAACACCAAGGCCUGCCCGUGACAUAUUGGAUUUCUUCGUCCCAAUUAUUUAAACAACUAAACUACGGAGAUGGAAAUUUUACAGAGGCUUAUUACCGUCAAGGAUGGAGAUAUAGUACAAACUCGCGAGCCUUGAGUGUAUCGAAUCUAACGGUGCCUCCUUCCUUUUUCUUCAAAAUAUUACAGAGAUCAAGCAAUAGCGUUUAUGAUAUAGUCAUAGCCAAGAUGGAAGGCUUCAUUGUCGUUGAUUUGCAGAGAGCAUUUGUAGUGGCUUGACCAUGUUUUUUUUUAGGGCCAUGUGUUUUCAUUCUUCAGUUCAGGUGCUGUAAUUGCAAUUAAAAAAAAAAACAUUCAUCCAUCUAAUUUUUUGUAAUAUACACGACCUUACUCUACUUUA